AUGUUUAAACCUUAUCAGCUUAGAUCUUUAGAUUUUUAGUUUGUCUCUUCAACAACUAAAAAAUCUUUUUAAACUCCAGCAACUCUUUAGAGCAUUCAAUAUUAAGGUAUUAUAAAGGAUAAAGAUUAAGCAGAGUAAGAAUACUAAGAAAACAAGAGUCAAGGCAACUUUGUUACAUAUGCUGAAAUAAACUCUUUUAAAGAUUAGGACUAUUGUAAAAUUCAGCUAGGCAAUUUACCUCCUAGUCAAUAAGUAGAAGUAAACAUUAUCUUUUCUUAAUAAUUGAAUUCUUUCAUAAACAAAUAUUUUAUUGCUCAUAUCCCUAUAAUAUACUGCAACGAUGAAGUUUCAGCUAAAUUAGGUAAGAAUUUAUUGACACUUGAUUUAUCUUGUACAGGAAAAAUCCUUUAUGCUGAAUCUAAAGGCUAUUAGGCAGAAAAAAUAAUGCUUGAUGAUUAAUCAGCGAAAUUUAAUAUCAGCCAAGCUCUUUUACAAAAGGGUAAAGACUACUAUUAACUCAUUUAUUCAUUCGAUGGAAUGUUCAAUCCUCAAGUCAUUUUCGGCUAAAGUAAGAUUUUUAAUGAAGACUCUGUAAAGAGUGCUAUUCUUCCCGUAUGUCACUCAGCUAUGAUUUCAUUCAUUCCAAAUUUUAAUGAAGAGAUUACCUAGGAAAUAGAUGAUACUAUUAGAGCUGCAAUAAGCAAUGGAGAUGAUAUUUUUAGUGAUGAAUAUUAACAAAAAUUAAAUCAAGAACUAAUAGAUCAUUUAAAUUCUUCUAGAAGCGAGUUCAUAUUUAUUUUGGAUAGAAGUGGAUCUAUGAGGGGUUAGCCUAUUCGCAGGGCAUGCGAAGCUAUUAUUCUCUUUCUAAAGAGUCUCCCUAAUGAUAGUUACUUCAAUGUUAUAAGUUUUGGUUCUUCAUUUGAAAAAUUGUUCCCAUUUUCAACUAAAUACACAAGUGAGAGCUUAGAAAAAGCUGUUUAAAUAAUAAAUAAUUAUGAUUCUGAUUUGGGAGGAACCGAAAUUUACAAUCCUCUUCAUAAUGUUUUUAUCAUGAAAAGGAUUUCAGGAUAUAACAGACAAAUCUUCUUAUUAACUGAUGGUGAAGUAGAUUCUUCUGAGCAAGUAAUAGAAUUAAUUAAGAAAAAUAACAAAUAUAACAGAGUUCAUUCAAUUGGGUUCGGCUUUAAAGCUGAUCAGUAUUUAAUAAAAGAGAGUGCAAUUGCUGGAAAAGGUAUUUCCAAAAUAGUAGAUUAAAAUUGUGAUUUGUCUGAAGUAAUUAUCAAUAUGCUGUCUUUGUGUAUAACUCCUACUUUUGAUGAAUUCAAAAUAACAUAUGAUAACACUGUUUUUGACUCGACGUACCCCUCUUCUACAGAUUUCCCUUGCGUUUUUAAAGAUGAAAUAAUAAACAUUCAUUUCUUUUUCAAGCCUCUUUUAGAAUUUUAAAGCUUGACAGAAUAAUAAAAAAAAAUAUAAAUAUAAUAUUACGAUUCUCAUAAAUAACAAAAUGUUUUGAAAGAAAUAGAACUGUAGAUGCAAGACAAUUUUACUAGCAACCACUAACUUCAAGAAUCAGUUUUUAAGAUAGGAAAGUAAUUAUAUUUAAAUGAAAAUAUCUAAAAUUAAAGAUUGAGUAGCUAACUAAUUUAGCAAGCAAUUGAUUUUUAACUUCUAACUUCAAAAACAGCUUUGAUAUGCUUUAUUGAAGAGAUAAAUGAUGAAUAGAGAAUUUUAUACAAAAAUAUAAAUCACAAACAUAUACAUUAAAAUAUGAAAGAUGAGAAAUAUUACUCAAAAUUAUCAUCACCUAAACCUCACUUAAUGUUUGACUGUUAUUUUGAUAGCGAAUUUGUAAAACUAGAAUAAGAAUCAAAGUCCGAAUCCGAAUUAGAAUUAGAUGAAGAUGAAGAAUAAGAAGAAGAAAUAGAAGUAGAAGAACAACAUUAAAUUGAUAUCAAUAGAUAUCUUAAUAAUAAUAAAUGUUGUAUAAAUAAAAACUAUAAUAGACUUCAAAACAUUAAUAAGGAAUUAGAAUAAUCUUUUGUAGAAGAUUAGAAAUCUUGCUAAUUAAAUUAAUAUCUCUCAAAAGGGUUUAAUACCAUGUAUCCAUCUUCUGGUAUUUCAAAUGUAGAAGGAUAAACCAAAGUUGAACUAUCAGAUACAUCAAUUAAAACAUAGAUACUAAAUUAAUAGAAUGUUUAAAUUGAGUAAAAAAGAUUAAUGUAAAACAAAUCUUAUUUGCCAAAGUUAGAAGUUUUAUUGAAUUUAGUAAAUUCUUAAGGAAUAUGGAAUUUUGAUCAUCAUUUAUUAAUGCAUCUAUCUUAAAUAGAUGAGAAUAAUAUCAUGUAGCUUUGUUCUCAAUUUGCCUCAAAGGAUGCCUUUAUGACUCUCUUUAUCCUUAUCAUCCUUGAGAUAAAUUAUAGCUCAUAGAAAUCAAAAUGGGUGCUCAUCUCUAAAAAAUCUAUUAGUUAUGUUAAGUCUUAACUAAAUAAAAAUCAAAACUAUAAUUCAAUGAAGCAAAAUAUCUAAUAAUUAAUUUCUAAAUGA